AUGUACCAUUUGGGGCAUAUAUAUGAUAGUUUAAUCAGAGGUGAAAUACAGUGUACGAGUUGGAGAUUUUCGGUUGAAGCUAACAAAGGGCCGUGGAAAACGAUUCCUCGUGAAUGUUUGGAGUACGUGAAAGAUUACAUGAUGGGUCGAAGUUAUAAAAUGGAUCUCGAGAGGGCCUCUGACGAGGCUAAAGUUUACGCCAAUACUGUUCAAAUGGAUGGUGAUGGCAAAGAUGUGUGGAUUUUCGACAUUGAUGAUACUUUGUUAUCCAAUCUUCCUUAUUAUCAAGAGCAUGGUUAUGGCUCCGAGAUAUUUGAUCCAGUGGAGUUUGAUAAGUGGGUUGAGAAGGCCAUGGCACUAGCUAUAGAACCCAGUUUCAAACUUUAUGAAGAGGUUCUGAAAUUGGGCUUUAAGAUUUUCUUGUUGACCGGGCGCAGUGAAAAUAAAAGGGCUGCUACUAUUGAUAAUUUGAUCAAUGCUGGGUUUCAGAAUUGGGACAAACUCAUUUUGAGAGGCCCUGAGGACCAUGGGAAAUUGGCAACAAUUUACAAGUCAGAGAAGAGAAAUGAGAUGGUAAAUAAUGGAUUUCGAAUUCUUGGGAACUCUGGGGACCAAUGGAGUGAUUUACUGGGUGCUUCAAUGUCCAUUCGCUCUUUUAAGCUUCCGAAUCCAAUGUAUUAUAUUCCCUGAUGGCACAGAUUGUAUUUGAAUUGAUUAUUUUUAAAAAUAAUUCCUGAUAGAACAGAUAAGACUGUUGUUCUUGUAAAUUGUAAAGAACUUAAAACACACAAAGAUUGUUGAACUGAGUAACUAACAAUUCCAAACACUCUUGUGUACAAAUACAUUUAUUAUUAACCAAAACA